AUGGAUCCUAUGCAGUUUGAAAGUGUUGCUGAUUCACACUCAUCUCUGAACAAAUCUGCCAUUGAUGAGCUAUCAAGUCCUUAUUUUCUGCAUCAUUCCAAUAGUCCUGGAUUAGUACUUGUUUCUCAACUGCUCACAAGAGAUAACUACGCCUUUUGGAGCUGUGCAAUGAUGAUUGCUCUUUCGAUAAAGAAUAAACUCUCUUUCAUUGAUGGAUCGAUGAGAAAAUCGGAAGAUGCAAGUUUUGAAUCGAUCAAUUCAUGGAAUCGAAAUAAUGAUAUGGUGAUCUCAUGGAUACUUAAUUCGGUCUCAAAAGAAAUCUCAGCAAGCGUUAUCUAUGCUGCCACCGCGUAUGAGAUCUGGAACGACCUUAAAGAACGAUUUCUGCAAAGCAAUGGACCAAGGAUCUUUCAAGUCAGGAAAGAUCAGAUGAAUUUAAAUCAAGGACAAAGCAAAGUAAGCGUAAAAUCAGAGAAGUUGAGUACACAAUCGCUCGGAAUGGACACAUCUACCUUUAGUGUGAGAUCUGAAAAUACGAAGCCAGUGCUUAACUCUGGUUUUCGAAAUGAUGUUUCUAGAGUGGGAAAUAAUGGAAUUGCAAUAAAAAAGUCAAGACCUUAUUGUACUUAUUGCAAAUAUCAUGGACAUUCAAUUGACGAGUGCUAUAAAAUCCACGGAUAUCCACCAGAAUACAAGAAGAAAUCAAAGGAGAACUCACAAGGCUAUUCUGCCCAUAGCUCUAUGAAUUAG